CCACCCAGCAUAUCGCCGCACAUCCCCCGCCACCCAGUCGCGUCUCGCACCUCUCCCUUUCCACUACCCAAUCCAGCACACCGCCUGGACGGAUCACACCGCGACCGCUCUUUCCCACACGUCGUUACCCGCCGCCCGUCCGCCUCGCCGCCUGCGCUAGCUGCCAUUUCGUAAUCACCAUGGCGAAGGACGACGAGAAGAAGCCCACCGCCGCCGACAAGGGCAAGGGCAAGGCAGUCAACGGCGAUGCCGAGAAGAAGGAGGACACAAAGGCCGAUGGCAAGGACAAGAAGGUCGAGACAACUGGCGAGGAGCUCAGUGAAGAAGACCAGCAGCUGAAGAGCGAGCUGGACAUGCUGGUGGAGAGGAUACUGGAAUCCGACGCCAGCCUCUACAAACCGGCACUCAACCAGAUCAAGGAGUUCAUCAAGACAUCGACGAGCUCCAUGACAGCAGUGCCCAAGCCACUCAAGUUCCUCCGACCCCACUACGAGAGCCUCGAGAAGCAGUACGCGUCAUGGCCAGAGGGCGAGGACAAGCAAUCGUUUGCCGACAUGCUCUCGGUCCUCGGAAUGACGUACUCGGACGAGGAGCGCCUCGACUGCCUGAAGUACCGCUUACACGCGCCGUCUUCAGAUCUCGGCUCGUGGGGCCACGAGUACAUGCGCCAUCUUGCGCUCGAAAUUGGCAGAGAGUUCCAGAACAGGAUGAACGACGACAAGUCCACGGACGAUGUGACUGACCUUGGCGCCAGCCUCGUUCCCUUCUUCCUGAAGCACAACGCCGAGGCCGAUGCGGUGGACAUGCUCUCCGAGCUGGAGCUGAUCGAUCAGAUUGAGUCGCACAUUGACGAAGACACAUAUGCGCGAGUCUGCUUGUACAUGGUCGGUCUCGUACCGCUGCUCACCUACCCCGAUAACGAGAAGUUCCUCCGCACCGCAUACAGCAUCUACCGCAAAUACAACCAGUACACACAGGCUGUCGCAUUGGCGAUACGCUUGAACGACCGCGACCUGAUCGAGGAGGCGUUCAACUCGACAAAGGACAAGUCCAUCCGAAGACAGAUGGCUUUCCUUAUUGCGCGACAGCGCAUUUGGUUUGAUGUAUCAGACGAUGACGAUGCGGAGCUGCAAGAGUGCUUGAACAACUCCAGGUUACCAGACCACUUCAAAGCGCUGGGCAAGGAGCUUAACAUUCUCGACCCCAAGACUCCGGACGACAUCUACAAGACACAUCUGGAGAGCAGCCGGACGGCAGGCCUGACCAACACUGACUCGGCGAGGCACAAUCUUGCGUCGGCGUUUGUCAAUGCAUUCGUCAACACCGGCUACGGCAACGACAAGCUCAUGCUCAACUCUGACAGCAAGAGCAGCUGGGUCUGGAAGACCAAGGAAGAGGGCAUGCUGUCCACCACAGCGUCCUUGGGUAUGCUGAUGUUGUGGGACGUCGAGACUGGUCUCGAUAAGAUCGACCCGUACACGAACGUUGACGACGACAUGGUCAAGGCUGGUGCUAUGCUUGCCACUGGUAUCUUCAACUCCGGCGUGCGCAUGGACUCCGACCCUGCGCUGGCCCUGUUGGGUGACGAGGACAAUCUGGCGCAUAAGAACAAGAACAUCCGUCUGGCCUCCAUUAUGGGUCUUGGUCUCGCGUAUGCUGGCUCCAAUAAGGAGGAGCUUCUUGAGCUUCUUCUGCCUAUUGUUAGUGACACAAGUCUGGAUAUGCAGCUCUCGGCGAUGGCGGCGUUGUCUCUUGGUCUGAUCUUCGUUGGUUCGGCCAACGGUGAGGUCACAGAUGCGCUGAUGAACACCCUCCUGGACGAGGACCGAUCGAGCCAGCUCAAGGACAAGUGGACACGCUUCAUGUCGCUUGGUCUUGCGCUCCUCUUCUUCGGCCAACAGGAGGAGGUCGACGUCAUUCUGGAGACCCUGAAGGCGCUCGACCACCCCAUGGCGAAGUCUGCCUCGGUCCUGACCGAGGUCUGCGCCUGGGCUGGCACCGGUGCCGUUCUGAAGAUCCAGCAGUUGCUCCACAUCUGCAACGAGCACAUUGAGGACGACAGCGACGAGAAGCAGGGCGACGAACUGCUUCAGUCGUAUGCCGUUAUUGGUCUGUCACUGGUGGCGAUGGGUGAGGAUGUCGGCCAGGAAAUGAUCCUCCGCACUCUGGGCCACCUGAUGCACUACGGCGAGGCCAACAUCCGGAAGGCUGUUCCUCUUGCUCUGGGUCUUAUCAGCCCCAGCAACCCGCAGAUGAAGAUCUACGACACACUAUCACGAUACUCCCACGACAAUGACAACGAUGUCGCGAUCAAUGCCAUCUUCGCCAUGGGUCUGUGUGGUGCUGGUACCAACAACGCUCGUCUUGCACAGCUGCUCCGACAGUUGGCGAGUUACUACCACCGUGACCCCAACGCGCUCUUCAUGGUGCGCAUUGCACAGGGUCUCCUGCAUAUGGGCAAGGGCACACUUUCGGCCAACCCCUUCCAUACCGACCGCCAGGUACUCUCGCGCGUCGCAGCCUCUGGCCUGCUGACCGUCCUCGUCUCCCUGAUCGACGCCAAGUCGUUCAUCGUCGGCGACUCACAUUUCCUCCUCUAUUACCUUGCCACAGCGAUCUCGCCGCGCUUCCUUAUCACGCUCGACGAAGAGCUCAAGCCGCUCACCGUCAAUGUGCGUGUUGGCCAGGCCGUCGACAUCGUCGGGCAAGCCGGCCGACCCAAGACCAUCACCGGCUGGCAGACACAGAGCACACCCGUGCUGCUUGCGCACGGCGAGCGCGCAGAGCUGGAAGACGAGAAGUACCUCGCUCUGACGAACGUCUUGGAGGGUGUCGUCAUUCUGAGAAAGAACCCCGAGUGGGAAGAGUAAGAAGUUGCACGCGGAGCAAGGAACAUGACGGGAUCUGCAUCAGCUUUUGGGCAUACUAAUAGACUUACGGACACUGCCUGAUUGCGGGCCCGAGCGCCUGCGGUCAAAGGUACACCGCUGUAUGUAUAGAUGUGCAGGCGACGACUUGAAAUGAAAGCAUUUAUACAA